UCAGAAAUACGCACGUGCCCAUUUUGUAUUCUCUGCAUCUCAAUCCGAGAAGAACGUCAGUGAGGGAAUUUAAAACUUGCAUGAUGAUCUACUUGUUUUUGGGCCUCCUGGGGCACAUGCUCACCCCCUGCAGCUCACUGGACAAUGGAAUGUUUUUAACACCCCCAAUGGGCUGGAUGGCCUGGGAACGUUAUAGAUGCAACAUUAACUGUGAAGUUGAUCCGGAAAACUGCAUCAGUGAGAAGCUGUUGAAGGACAUGGCUGACAGGCUGGCUACUGAUGGAUGGAAAACACUGGGGUAUGAAUAUGUGAACCUCGACGACUGCUGGUCUUCCAAAAAGAGAGAUGCACAGGGAAGGUUGCAGGCAGACCCAAAACGUUUCCCAAGUGGCAUCAAAGCCCUUGCUGAUUAUGUUCAUUCCAAAGGUCUUAAACUUGGGAUUUAUGGAGACUUGGGAAAUUAUACAUGUGGUGGGUAUCCUGGUACUACUUUGGACACCAUUGACCUUGAUGCCCAGACUUUUGCAGAAUGGGGAGUGGACAUGUUAAAACUUGACGCCUGCUAUUCCAAUGCUUCUAUGAUGGCAGAAGGAUUUCCCAAGAUGAGUCUUGCCCUAAAUCGUACUGGGAGACCCAUUGCUUUCUCUUGCAGCUGGCCAGCAUACCAAGGAGGCCUGCCUCCCAAGGUAAAUUAUACAUUACUUGCUCAAAUUUGUAACUCAUGGAGAAACUAUUAUGAUAUCCAAGAUUCAUGGGAAUCCGUUAUGAGUAUUAUUCAGUGGUUUGGUAAGAACCAGGAUGUUUUACAGCCAGCUGCUGGUCCAGGUCACUGGAAUGAUCCUGAUGUGUUGAUAGUUGGUGAUUUUGGACUGAGCUAUGAGCAAUCCAAAACUCAGAUGGCCAUAUGGGCUAUGCUAGCUGCACCACUCUUUAUGUCCAAUGACCUAAGAAGCAUCUCUGGGAAGUUCAAGGAAAUCCUGCAAAACCAGCUGGCCAUCUCCAUAAAUCAAGACCUCUUAGGAGCUCCAGGCAUACGUGUUUACAAAGAUAAGAACUUUGAAGUGUGGAGGAGGGUUCUCUCUAAGGGAAGCUUUGCGGUGGCAGUUGUCCGCACAUCCUACGAUGGUACCCCCAAACCUGCCAUUUUAAACUUGGCGCAACUCCAUAUUGUUGACUGCCUCUUGGGUUAUCAAGUCAUUGAUGUCCUUGAAUCUAAACUCAUGGGAUUCUACAACCUGUUAGACAUCAUUUAUUUCCAGGUUAAUCCAUCUGGGGUCAUGCUCCUUUAUAUCUCUCCAGUUUGCACUUGAAUGUAAUUUGUAGAAUUGUAACUCUGGGAGGCCAAUGUGUAUAAAAGACAAACAUUUUGAAAUAUUUUAUAAGUUUGCAUUUCAGGAAUUUUCAAUGAAAUAUGUCUGAAUAUUUUCUUGCAAGUUUUUUUUUUUCUAACAAUUCUGCUGCUAAUAAAGACUCAUUUUAAUGAAACUCCUAG